AUAAUUUUGAAGCCAUACUAGUCUUGUGGAAUCGUAAUAACUUAAUUUACUGACCACGUAAUGUUGCGGUCAGUUGUGUCCAUAGUGUUGUUGGGAUUUUUUCUUCACUAUGCCAUGAAAUACAGAGACUGGGCAGAUUUCAGCAGGAAAAUUAUACCCAAGGUUCGACCUGGACAGUGCCAGUUUGCUAGGAAAGAGGGCGGGACGGAAGACCUGACCUACAUUGGAGAUGGUAUUUUUCUCGCGUCUGGCGGAUUCGAAUGGGAGGGCGACGUUGGUAAAAUUUUAUCCAUUAACGUCAGCGGUGACAAGUCAGUUAUGACACCGCUUGCAAUCAGAGACGCCCCAAAUAUAGACGGGUUCAUGGUUCGAAACCACGGAAUAUCAGCUUGGAGAGAUCCGGAGUCCGGGACCCUAUAUCUGUAUGUAUUGACACAUCCUAAGCCGGUGACGUCAUCGACUGAUCGAGUGGAGGUGUUUGAGGUCGUCCAGAAGGGACUUCAUCUUAGAUAUAUCCGCACCAUUGUCGACCCAAGCUUCACAUUCAUGAACGAUCUUGUGGCAGUAGGCCGCGACCAGUUCUACAUCACGCGAUACAACUGGUUCAGGUCAACCUGGUGGAUCCGCUUUGCACACUGGUUCCACAUUCGGGAAGGCGCAAUCUUGUUUUACGACGGACAACAUGUGGUGCGCGCUGUCCCGGACUCAUAUUUCCUGUCUAACGGUAUCAAUGCCUCUCCGGAUAGAAAGACAAUAUAUAUGGCCGAAUGGGGAACGAAAACUGUCCACGCUCUAAAGAGGGAAGAAAAUAACCAGUUGACAACAACAUGGACAGAGUACGUGGAUUCGGGUGUGGACAAUAUAGAAGUUGACCAGGAGACGGGGGAUUUAUGGAUCGGCUCCCAUCCCGUCACACACAGGAUUGUGGACAUAUUCGGGUGGUUCGGAAAACUACCUGCCGCCCAGGUUCUACGAAUAAAAAUACGUGACGGUGUGAUGACGUCAUUGGAAGAAAUUUACGCAGACGACGGCGACGAGCUCAUGGCAUCAACGGUGGCAGCAUACGGCGCCGGGAAACUCGUCAUCGGGAGUGUGUUCAAACAAACUGUCGUCUGUGAUGUCAACUACUUGACGGAAUGAUUCGGGAUGUGUUUUUGUUGUUGUUGUUAGAUGUUUUUGUUUAGCUAGACAACUAUAAACUCCUUAUUUAUCUUAAAUAAAACACAUUGUGUA